AUGUCGGAGAAAAAGGUGAAACAGAAGGAGCUGAAGCGACGGAACAUUAUGGACUCCAUUUCGCGCAUCGAAAUGUUCGUGACCAACUACAACGAGGAUCGAGACCUUCAAGAAGUAGCGAUACGGUUGGGUAAGCUGGAUACAUUGAUGGAGAAUUUUGAGGCAAUACAAGGCGCAAAAAACGAGCUUCAUGCCCUUUAUAAAAUGCUUACCAACCACACCGAAAUAGACCGUAUCGCUACCAGUCUCGCAACGGAGGGAAUCACAUGGCACAUGAUACCCCCACGUGCCCCAAAUUUCGGUGGCCUCUGGGAGGCAGCCGUGAAGGUGGCCAAACGUCACCUCGUUCGUCAAUUGGGCAACACCGUAUUGUUCUACGAAGACUUGCUGACGAUUCUAGCGCAGAUAGAGAGCUGUAUGAAUUCCCGCCCGCUUGUUUCUCUAUCGGAGGAUCCCAACGAUCUGCACGCCCUAACGCCGGGGCGUUUUCUUUUCGUCCAGCAGAAAGUUCAGCACUUUUGGUACCGCUGGAGAAACGAGUACCUGAAAGAACUACAACGACAAGCUACCGUAAACCCAGAAAAAGUCAACCUUAAGGUUGGCCAGGUGGUGAUCCUGCAAGACCAGCUUUUAUCUGUAACGCGGUGGUCAUUGGCUCGAGUUGAAGAAAUUUUUCCUGAAAAAGACGACGUUUCACGAGUGGUGGUUCUGCGAACACCGUCCGGAACUUACAGGCGACCCGCCUACAAGGUGUGUCCGUUACCUGAUACGUUCGACGAGGAUGAAGAAGUCAGCGCAACCCUCAACCAAGCUGACGACAUCAUUUGUUCAUCAAAUUAG